GACCAUAUUAGCUAUUUAGCAGCAUGGAUUUCGCAAUCUGUCCUGAUAAUCGCGUUCUCUGUUUUAUGUUUGGCAUUUAUUAAACGAGAUUUGCAUAGUAUUUUAUAUGCAAUUGGAAUGCUUUCAAAUGAGGUCUUAUGCAAAGUUGCAAAGAAGUUGAUUAAGGCACCGCGUCCUCCUACUCAUCCUUCGUUGCUUGUUUCGUCCCACGGAAUGCCGUCCAAUCAUGCUCAAUUUAUGUUUUUCAUGACGGCCUACUUUGCUCUUUUUGUUAGAUAUCGUCUCUCACCUAGACAUUACUCUUCUACUUUCCGCUUUCUUGCCCCAAUUUUUAUGUUCGUCUUUUCAACUAUCGUCUGCUAUACUAGAAUCUAUUUGGAAUUUCACUACAUGGGCCAGAUUUUCAUGGGUGCUCUUGUGGGCAUUAUUUUCGGCAGCUUUUGGUUCUUUUUAGUUCAUGUCAUUUGCACACCUUGGUUCCCAUGGAUCGUUAACAGUAAAAUUGGGACACAGCUCAUGCUCCAGGACUUCACAAACGUCCCAAAUGUAUUUACUGUUGAGUAUAACACAAUGAGGCAGUACAAUCGAAAUCCAAACAAGAGGCAUAAGAAGUGA